UACAAGAAAGGAAGAGGAGAGAUGAAUAAGGAGCCUGCUGUACUUGGAAGACCAGAUUUUGAACAUGCUAAAGGAGUUUCAAAACUGUUAAGCCAAGUGAGAUACAAAGAGCAGUUCAAUAAGGACAUGAAGAGCCACCAAUACAAUCCUCUUGACAGUGCGUCCUUCAAGCAAGCACAGAUUGCAUCCACCUUGGCAAGUGAUGUGAAUUACAAGAAAGAUUUGGAAAGCCUACAUGAUCCAGCCUCUGAACUACCAAACCUGCUAUAUUUAAACCAUGCUUUAAAUAUCAGCAAAACACAUAGCGAUUAUGAAUAUAAGAAAUCAUUUAAGCAAAGCAAGGGCUUCUAUCAUUUCACCGCGGAUACAGCUGAACAAAUCCAUCACAAAGAAAAUGCAGUGCUUCAAGGUCAGGUCAAGUACAAAGAGAAUUAUGAAAGAUCUAAAGGCAGAUCAAUGCUGGAGUUUGUGGAUACACCAAUGUAUCAGGUUUCAAAGGAGGCUCAAAAGAUGCAAAGUGAGAAAAUGUAUCGCAAAGAUUUUGAAGAAGGGAUCAAGGGAAGACCCUCAAUGGAUUUAGACAAGACACCAGAGUUCUUGCAUAUAAAACAAGUCACUAGCCUUCUGAAAGAGAAAGAGUAUAGAAAAGAUUUGGAAGAAGGGAUGAAAGGAAAAGGAAUGACAGUGUUUGAAGAUACACCGGAUUUGAUUAGAGUGAAAAACGCAGCUCAAAUACUAAAUGAGAAACAAUACAAGAAAGACUUGGAAACUGAAAUUAAAGGAAAGGGCAUGCAAGUUGGUCCAGAUACUCCUGAGAUAAGACGAGCCAAGAAAGCUACUGAAAUUGCAAGCACGAAAGAAUACAAGAAAGACUUGGAGAAUGAAAUUAAAGGAAAGGGAAUGGGAGUAGGCAUGGAUACCCCUGAUAUACAACGAGCCAAAAAAGCUUCUGAAAUUGUAAGCCAGAAGGAAUAUAAAAAGGAUCUGGAGACUGAAAUUAUAGGAAAAGGGAUGCAAGUUGGCCCAUAUACUCCUGAAAUACAACGUGUCAAAAAAGCUUCAGAAAUAGCAAGCCAGAAGAUGUACAAAGAUGAAGCAGAGAAGAUGCUCUGUAACUAUUCUUCUGUCCCAGACACUCCCGAGAUGGAGAGGAUAAAAAAUACUCAGAAAAACAUCAGUUCAGUGUUUUAUAAGAAGGAAGUAGGAGCUGGCACAGCUGUAAAAGAGACUCCAGAGAUCGAAAGAGUAAAGAAAAAUCAACAGAAUAUUAGUUCGAUUAAAUACAAGGAAGAAAUUCAGCAUGCAACAACUAUUUCUGAUCCACCCGAACUAAGGAGAGUUAAGGAAAACCAGAAGAAUAUUAGCAAUGUUCAGUACAGAGAACAGCUCUGCAAAGCUACACCUGUUCACUACAGAGAGCAGCUUGGCAAAGCUACUGCUAUGAGUGUCACUCCUGAGAUAGAGAGAGUCAAGAAGAAUCAAGACAAUAUCAGCUCGGUGAAAUACAGCAGUGAUCAGAGACAGAUGAAAGGUAGACGUAGUGUGCUUCUAGACACACCUGAGCUAAGGCAUGUCAAAGAAACACAAAACAACAUCUCAAUGGUAAAAUACCAUGAAGAUUUUGAGAAGACGAAGGGCAGAGGCUUCACCCCAGUGGUAGAUGAUCCUGUUACAGAGCGUGUGCGGAAAAACACCCAAAUUGUGAGUGAUGCAGCAUAUAAAGGUGUGCAUCCACAUAUCGUUGAAAUGGAUAGAAGACCUGGAAUAAUUGUUGAUCUUAAAGUUUGGCGUACAGAUCCUGGCUCCAUCUUCGACAUUGAUCCUCUGGAGGACAAUAUUCAGUCUAGGAGUCUGCAUAUGCUUUCUGAAAGGGCAAACCGUUACAGUAAGCAGUAUUUACAUUCUACCAGUUUGGGAGAUUAUAAAUCAGAUGGCUCUGACACAAACCCUACCUUUUCUUACUGCAGUGAGAUAACAAGGCCAUCUGAUGAAGGAGCCCCUGUUCUCCCUGGGGCGUAUCAGCAAAGCCAGUCCCAAGGAUAUGGAUACAUGCACCAGACCAGUAUGUCAUCCAUGAGGUCCAUGCAUUCGCAGCCUCAUUCAGCAGGUCUGAGAACAUACAGAGCUAUGUAUGACUACAGUGCUCAAGAUGAAGAUGAAGUUUCCUUCAGGGAUGGUGAUUAUAUCAUCAAUGUGCAACCGAUUGAUGAUGGCUGGAUGUAUGGUACUGUUCAGAGAACUGGGAAAACAGGAAUGCUUCCAGCAAAUUAUAUUGAGUUUGUUAACUAAUUUUUGUCUCUAGUCCUUUGAGCUUUAUUAUGAUUUACUCAAAAUCUAACCUUUUAGAAAAAGUCAGAAGAAUCUUUUAAGAGUACAUGUUCAUUACUUUAUCACUGCUGUAACAGUUUGCAUUCUCACUCAGAAUCUGCUUUAGAAUCCUUUAAAGUAAAGAUAAAUAAUCAACAAGAAGCUCAGAGCUUUGAAAACAGCAUUGCUUUAAUAGUGCUCCCUCAAAAUGAAAAACAUGUAUGGAAGCCUGGUGCCGCCAAUCCUAUAAAGAUUUCAGUCAAUUAGCUGUAAAGGGGAAAUAUCUUUUCCCUGUACCUCAAAGACAUUAUUUCUCUUUAUAAUAGCAACCAUAAAAUCGAUUCACUACUUAGGGCACUCUGAAGUCACAGGAGGUUAACACACUGAGU